GAUAGAGAAUGAAGAGUAGAGCAUACCCCCUCAGUAAAUGAUCUGUCCCACUUAUACAAAUUCUCUUCGGCUAUGCCAAUCACUAAAAUGAACAGACAGCAGCCCUCAGCUGAUCCCUGUGCCCAUUUGUUUCUGCUCGGAUAGUGAAUCUCUACGCCGCUCGUGCCAUUCCUUGACUACCAGUGACUUACAGCAUUGUAAAUGUGUUUCUAUAUUAUUAGAUCCUAGCACUAAAACAGAUGAGCACCUGCCAAGCUAUAUUUACCCAGCCUGUGAGGUCAGCUAUCCAAGAAUGGACAUGGCAAGCAGAGCCUCUCCAGUAGUAUUUUUAGCUCAGUCCUUAUCCAUUUGUUGAAAGUUUGUCUUCCAGUUACAGUCCCACAGUUGCCUGGGAAAUUGUUGGGUUCCACUUGGCAAGAGAGGAAGGAAGAAAUGUAAAGCUGGCACCAGGGCAUUAGGAUGGUAUAUCAGUCUGGACAAUUGUGUUGAUUCGGCGUACGGGUCAUAAAGCUUUAACAUCUAAUAUCGUUUUGUGCUGAAAAUGGUAACCUGCAGAUGUCUGAAGAUGAGUGUUAUGGAUAUUACUAAGAUGUUUUCCAUCCUAAGGCCAAAAGAAGGUGAGGAGGCAGCUGAAGAGAGCCGUGAAUUACAUUUGGCAGUGACAAUGGAUAACGUCGAGAACUUAGCAUGUCUAUUGUCACAAGACAAAUAUAAGAAAUUGGUCAACAGUCAAAGUGGUUGGGGCGUCCCAGUAUCUCCUCUUCGCUUGGCUGCCUCCAAAGGCUCACUAGAAUGUUUGAAGAUACUCCUGGCUAAUGGGGCAGAAGUGGACAUCUUAGAUGUGAAGGCUCAAACCCCUUUAUUCACUGCAGUCAGUAGUGGCCAUUUGGACUGCGUCAGAGAAUUGCUCAAAGCUGGAGCUUGUCCUUCAGGAAGCAUCUAUAACAACUGCACUCCAGUACUGAAUGCUGCCAGGGAAGGCAAUGUCAGUAUCUUAAGGGAACUACUAGAUUAUGGUGCAGAACCUAAUGUCAAAUGCAAGUUGCCUGACUGGAGUACAAACAUUGCAACAGCUACUGGACCAUUGUACCUCUCAGCUGUCUAUGGGCAUCUGGAGUGUUUUAGGACAUUGCUUCUUUAUGGGGCUGAUCCAGAUUACAACUGCACAGAUGAGAAACUUCUUAAACGGAUAAAGAGUCCUAAGACAGUACUAGAUGUGUGCCUGAAACAUGGAUGUAAGACACCAUUUGUGAAGUUACUGAUCGAUUUUGGAGCUAAUGUCUACUUGCCUGACAUUCACAUUUCUAAGUCAUUCCCUAAUCAUGAAGCAAUGGAACUUCUGGCUAGAGAAAGAGUACAUCCAAAGUCUCUGAUGUCCCAGUGCCGUCUGACUAUCCUGAACUUGGUAAGACAAGGGGGAAAGAUGCAACAUCUCCACCAGUUAGAGAUCCCGCACACAAUGAUCAAAUAUCUCCUGCAUAAGACAUAAUCACAGCAAGAAAUCAUCAAGACUGCAAGAAGAUAAGCUGGACUUCUGAAGAGCGCACCCUGAAGACCGCACAGCAGCAGUUAUUAAGUCUAAACAUGAAAUUGGGCAUCACAUAACUGGUCAUGUGUCUCAUUCAGUUAUAUGCGUAGAGGGGAGGUUUGACCCACCAAAGAGUGAAGGACAUGCAGAGAUCAGAGUGAUUGUGUUUUAAUGUAUCAUUAAUGUAGUCUACAGUGGUGUACUACUAAGAGGACAGGCACCUGACGGCUAUGAGGAUUUUGGGGGGGAGGAAACAUGGCACUGAACCGCUGCCCCUGCUUGCCAUGACCUGAAGCUGACCACUACAGGGAAUUAUUGGCACACAGAUUUAUCCAGCUCCUACUGACAUAACUGAAAAAAUAUAUAAUGUACAGUUUUACCCAGUGGAGUCUUCUUACAGAAAGAAUUGUUAUAUUUAUCAUGUUAGAAAACAGACUCUUCAGCACAAAUAUAUUAUACAAUAUUUUUGAGGUUUUUUUAAUCAAAUAAAGACAUGGUACAUUUGGAGAUUUGGCAGAACUCUCAGCAGUGAGUGGGACUUACACAUUUUUAUGUACGCCCCUGGUCUCAGACCAAAAAAUCAAGGAAGAAACAGUGCUCUGUAUCCAGUAACCUUUGUAGAGGAGUGUUGGGAUCUAAUAGACUGGCUCAUUUCUGAAUUGUAAAGCUAUUUAUAAAUCGGAACCUAGUGGCCUCUGCCA